AUGGAAUUAAAAUAUUUAUUAACAUUAUCGUUGGUGAGUAUAAUUAUCAAAGCUUAUCCUGAAGGUGAAAAAUUAGCAAAAGUUGAAGUACCAGCAAGUGAAAUUAAAGCAACAACGGACUUCAUAGCUGGUGGAGCUGAUAGCGCAGGAGAAGCUGCAAAAUCAGCAGGUGAUAAAGCCAAGGAAACUGCUGAAGGAGCAAAAGAAAUGGCAGAUGAUGCUGUUAAAACAGUUGGAGAUAAAGCUAAAGAAGCAUCUGAUACUGCGAAAACUGUGGCAGGUAAUGCAGCUGAAGCUGCAAAAGGUGCUGCAUCAAAAGUUGGCGAAGCUACGAAAGAUGCCGCUGAUAGUGCUAAAAGUGCUGCAGGUGAUGCUGCUAAGGGAAUUAGAGAUAAAGCGAAAGCAGCCUCUGAAACUGCAAAAAAUAUGGCAGAUGAUGCAGUAGAAGCCGCCAAAGAUGUUGCAUCAAAAGUUGGCGAGACGGCAAAAGAAGCUGCCGAUGCUGCAAAAAAUGUUGCAGGCGAUGCUGCUGAUGCAAUAGGUAACGCUGCAUCUGAUGUCGGUGGUAAAGUUAAGGAUGCUGCCGGCGCUCUUAAGGAUAAAGCAAGUACCGAUAAUUUCGUUAAAAAUUCUCAAAAUUAUUUAUUAUUUAAUGAUUUCUUUGGCGUAUGUUGCAUAAUUGAAAGUGGUGAAGGAUUUACAAAUUUGAAAGAAAAAAUUGGCAUUUCUUGA